UUGUUUAGAAAAGAUUACCUUAUUGAUAUAUUACUAAAGUUUAAACGUGACUUAUUAUCAAGUGUUUAUUGAUCUAAACUUACAGAUUUUUAUUAUUAUUUUUUAGACAGAUUAAAAUGCUUUCAUUAAGAGGAAUAAAACUGAAUGUAAGUGUUGCUAACCGUGGAUUACAUUUAUUGAGAGACCAGGCUUAUGUCGAUGGAAAGUGGUUAAAAGCAAAGAGUUGUCAGACAUUUCCAGUUUUAAAUCCAGUCGACAAAUGCGUCAUUACAAAUGUCCCUGAUAUGAAUCAAGAUGAUACUCAAAUAGCUAUCGAUGCUGCAUCUAAGGCAUUUGAGACAUUUAAAUCAACGACAGCAAAGGAGAGAAGUGAUUUGUUAAGAAAUUGGUAUAAUCUUAUGGUUAAACAUUCUGAAGAUUUGGCACAAAUUUUAACCAAGGAAAAUGGUAAAUCGUUGGCUGAAUCUAGGGCAGAAAUUAAAUAUGGAAAUUCUUUUAUUGAAUGGUUUUCUGAACAAGCAAGGCGCAUUAAUGGUGAAGUCCUUCAAGCUCCCAUUCAUAACAGGGAAUUGCUUUUAUUGAAACAACCGGUCGGAGUAUCUGCUUUAAUCACGCCAUGGAAUUUUCCUCAUGCAAUGAUCACUCGAAAAGCAGGUGCUGCUCUCGCAGCUGGAUGUACCUGCGUCGUUAAACCAUCUGAGGAUACACCGCUCACUGCAUUAGCAUUAGCCGAUCUCGCAGAAAAAGCAGGCUUUCCUACUGGUACUUUUAACGUAUUAACAACAAGUAUUAAAAAUUCUGCUGCAGUUGGUAAAGAACUUUGCGAUAAUCCUAUAGUGAGAGUCGUGUCAUUUACUGGUUCUACUGCCGUUGGAAAGAUUUUGUAUCAACAGUGCGCAGGAACCAUGAAACGCCUUAGUCUUGAACUUGGAGGUAAUGCACCAUAUAUCGUUUUCAAUUCUGCUGAUUUGGAUGCUGCCGUUACUGGGGCAAUGGCAAGCAAGUUUCGUAAUACAGGCCAAACUUGUGUUUCUGCAAAUAGAUUUUUUGUACAAGCAGAAGUAUUUGAUAAGUUUGUUGAAAAAUAUUUAGUUAAAAUUAACAGUGAAAUUAAAAUGGGCGAUGGUAGCAAAGUGGGUAUCACUCAUGGACCUCUUAUCAAAGAUAGCCAAUUGAAAAUGAUUGAUGAUUUGGUUCAAGAUGCAAUUUGCAAGGGAGCAAAAGUACAUUGUGGUGGAAAACCAUUACCUGAGCUGGGUCCAUUAUUUUAUGCUCCUACGUUACUCACAGACGUUACUAAAGAUAUGAAAAUAUAUAAUAAAGAAAUAUUUGGUCCUGUUGCUGUUAUUAAUAAAUUUCAUAAAGAGGAAGACGUUUUGAAGGAAGCUAACAAUACUCCCGUGGGAUUAGCUGGAUAUUUUUAUUCGCAAGAUAUAUCCCAGAUAUUCAGAGUAGCAAGGAAGAUGGAAGUUGGUAUGGUGGGAGUGAAUGAAGGAUUAAUAUCAUGUGCUGAGGCUGCAUUUGGGGGCGUAAAGGAAUCAGGAUUGGGAAGAGAAGGAUCUAGUCAUGGCAUAGAUGAUUUUGUUGAUAUUAAAUACGUGUGUAUAGGAAACUUAAGGCAUUAAUUAUCAAGUAGUUAAAAUUAAGCAGAUAUAAUUGGUAAUCUGAAACAAAAUCCGAAGUACAAUUCUAAAUAUAUAUCUUGAGGGCUUCCAUUAAAAUAUUCAAAGUAUUAUUAGUUUUAAGGUAAUAUAUACUUUUAUAGGGAGAGUAAACAAGUAAUCAUUGUAUAGAUUCAAAUUAUAUUAUUUU